AUUCUAAUAAGCGUGUAAGGAUCAGUGUUUAAAUAUAGCUUUUUAUAUAUACAAUACUUCUUUAUUUUCAUCCAAAUAGAAAUCGCGAUUUAUAAAAGAGUUUGCACUUGAUGCAUUCAUUGCAUCUUUACGUCGCAUCGUAUCUCUUCGUUCGAUCCCAUAUGGGGUUGCAAUCCACACUUUCAUAAGCUCUACCUUCACUCAUACUACUAGAUUGAUGUAAUUACACAAAUUUAUGUACCGAUCUAGUGGUGCAUAAUGGAUCCCCUGUUGCACUUUUAAUUUAUAUUUUUUCCGUGUAUGUCACUGAAGUCGUUCAGGAUUUGAAGUAAACGUUGUGAAGAGUCUUAAUCUAGCGGCAAAAUUUAACGUUUCAAGUCUGUUUUUUCAAAUACUCUAUCGGCAUUUCACUUGUUUUGUGAUACUAAAAAUGAUUUUAUCAACAUAGUCCGUUCAACGAUUAUUGAGAAAGACAAUUGAGAAAAGACAUUAACGCUUAUAAUAUAAGUAAUGUAUAUUGCAUCAUAUUCUACAAUAUAUACGUUGUCUUAUCUACGCAGUCUUAUUUAGGCUGAGUUACUAAGAACUAUCUCUCCUAUUUAUAUCUUUGAAUUAAUACAUCUAACGGAUCAUUUAAUAAAUAAGAAGAAAAAUAUUUAUUUAUAUUGAAUAAGAGUAUGUAUAAAUUAAUAACAAUCAUUGGAAAAUAAGAAAAUUUGGUUGUAAUCUACAACGUAUAACCUUACUUAAAGCAUUGUUCUAUUAUCAAUAAUAUAAAUUUGAGAUAUAAUCGACAAUAAUGGCUUUUGACAAUUCAUGGGAUAUUAUUAAACAAAUAGCUGAUGAGAAUAAGCACGAAUUAGUUCUAACCGGUCCGUCAAUUUCUCGUUUGAUUGCUGAAAAUGGUCUGGAUAAAAUGCUUUUUGAUCUUCACAAUUUAAAUUACUUAAACAUAACCCAUACGUGUCUUCGAGAAGUACCUGAAGAAAUAGGAAAAUUACAAAACCUUACUACAUUGGUAUUACAUUCGAACGAGAUAGACAAACUACCUGAGUCUAUUGAAAAAUUAACCAAAUUGAAAUUUCUUCAUUGUUCGCAAAAUAAAUUGACUUCUCUGCCAGAUGCAGUUGAAAAUCUUCCUCAAUUGAAUAGCAUUAAUUUUGGUUCUAAUUUAUUGCAAUCUAUACCAUGUCAAAUGAAAAAUCUUAAAUUGACUACGUUAGAUUUGUCUAAUAAUCAAUUGCAAGCAUUUCCUGAUGUAUGUUAUACCGAAUUAGUCCAUCUUUCUGAAAUCCAUGUUAACAAAAAUCUGAUUCAAAGUAUUUCUGGGGAAAUAUCUCGUCUGCAAGCUUUAAAAGUUCUCAACAUAGCUGAUAAUCUACUUACAGCUAUUCCUGGUGAAUUAGCAGAUUGUCAUAAAUUGAAAGAAUUGAAUUUAAAAAAUAAUUCUUUGAUGGAUAAAAGAUUAUCAAAGUUAGUUGACCAGUGCCAUACAAAGCAAGUACUAGAAUAUGUAAAAUUACAUUGCCCGAAACAAAAUCCUUCCAAUAAUGUUACAAGUAAAUCCAAAAAAGGAAAAAAGGGACAUAAAUUAUCUGAAAGCGAAAAUGCUGCAGCUCAGAUAGAUGCUUUAGCGCAUAAAUUGAAAGUAUUGAAAACAUCAGAUAGUACUUUAUCGAUAAAAAUAACCCAACAUGUGAAAAAUGUUAGACCUUUCAUAACUGCAUGUAUUAUUAGAGAUUUGGUAUUUACAGCGGACACAUUAAAAAAAUUUAUACAAUUACAAACUAAAUUACAUGAUGGAAUAUGUGAAAAAAGAAAUGCUGCUACAAUAGCCACUCAUGAUUUAGACCAAAUUGUGCCAGGUGAUUUAACAUAUACAGCAAAGCCACCUUUGGAAUUAGAAAUAAAGCCAUUACAAAGAAAUAAAAAUUACACCGGUAUAGAACUAUUCCAGCAAUUACAAAAAGAGGCUGAUAAUUUACGUAAAGAAAAGAAGAGAAAUGUAUAUUCUGGUAUACAUAAAUAUCUGUAUUUACUCGAAGGUAAAUCACUAUAUCCUUGUCUCAUGGACACUAAAGACCAAGUUAUAUCAUUUCCACCAAUUUGUAAUAGUGACUUAACCAAAAUGUUACCAACAACAAAAAAUAUGUUAGUAGAAGUAACAAGUGCCACGUCUUAUCAAGUUUGCAGAAAUGUACUAGAUGAAUUUUUAAAAGAACUAAUUAUCACAGGCAUUGGUUGUACACCUUCAGAUAAUGAAAAUAAUCAGUAUCAUAAUUUACAAGUAGAGCAAGUAAAAAUAGUUGAUACAGAUGGUAAUCUGAAAGUUGUCUAUCCUUCAAGAGCAGAUUUAAACUUUAAGGAAAACUAUAUUAUCGCUUUGCGAGAUUAAUAUAUUAACUGCAUUGUUAUUAACCGGAUAAUAUAACAUUUUCUUUGUUACCGAUUUAAGCUGUAAGAGAUUGAUUACUGUUAGUUGUAAGUUUUUGAGAAGCACAAAUUCUUUACUAUUAUUAUUACAUAUGUCAGUUUUAUAUAUUUUAUACAAAGCUUUCCUUUUUAUAUAAAUGUAAGACUACUUUCACCAAGCAGCUUCAAAGUAAUGACGAAAACAUUCUUAUAUGAGUUACAUAGUAAUUAGUCUUUUUCAUUUCUUGUGUUUGCGUGUAAGAAGUGUGUUUUUUAAUAGAUAACUGUUACACUAUAUACAUAUAU